AGCAUGAUCCCCAACAGGAUUGGCAUGAUCGAGUGAGUAGAGCAUGGUGUCCACUAGCGAACUAUAGCUACCGCCUCUUCUUCCCCCUUUGGUAUUCACGCGACCAUCAGUAGUACUCAUCUCUUCCCCCCCCCCCCCCCUUCUCUCUCUCUCUCUCUCUCUCUCUCUCUCUCUGAGAUAUGGCUCAAACAACUCCAAAUCACACAGUGGAAGUUUCCGGUUGGGCCGCUCUCGAGCCCUCCGGCGAUAUCGUCCCUUACCUAUUCAAACGCCGAGAAAACGGGGAGAACGAUGUGACCAUCGAGAUCAAGUACUGCGGAAUUUGCCACUCUGAUCUUCACUACAUCAAGAACGACUGGGGCAUCACCAUCUACCCUGUCGUCCCCGGGCACGAGAUAACGGGCGUGAUAAGCAAGGUGGGGAGCAACGUAAGGGAGUUGAAGGUGGGGGACAAAGUGGGAGUGGGGUGCUUGGCGGCGUCGUGUUUGGACUGCGAUUUCUGCAGGGCUUCUCAGGAGAACUACUGCGAUGGGGUCCAGUUCACCUACAACGGCGUCUUCUGGGACGGCUCCCUCACCUACGGCGGCUACUCCACCCUCCUCGUCGCAGACCGCCGCUUCGUGGUCCGCCUGCCGGAUCACCUCCCCAUGGACGCCGCGGCCCCGCUGCUGUGCGCGGGGAUCACCGUGUUCUGCCCCAUGAAGGACAACGGCAUGCUGGCGUCGCCCGGGAAGCGGCUCGGGGUGGUCGGCCUGGGCGGCCUCGGACACGUGGCUGUUAAAUUCGGGAAGGCUUUCGGACUCCAUGUCACCGUCAUCAGCUCCUCGCCGUCCAAGGAGGAGGAGGCCAGACAACGCUUGGCCGCCGAUGACUUCAUUGUCAGCACCGACGUGGAACAGAUGCAGGCGGCGAAGAGGAGUCUAGAUUUCAUCUUGGACACGGUAUCGGCCCACCACUCACUUGGGCCCACUUUGGACCUGCUCAAAGUGAAUGGGACUUUGAUUAUCGUGGCUGCGCCCGACAAGCCCAUUGACUUGCCCUCUUUCCCCUUGAUAUUUGGAAAGAGAACAGUGAAGGGAAGUAUGAUAGGAGGAAUAAAGGAGACGCAGGAAAUGAUGGACUUAUGCGGAAAAUACAAUAUUACGUGUGAUGUUGAGGUCAUCAAACCAGCCCAAAUCAACCAGGCUCUAGAGCGACUUGCUCGAAACGAUGUUCGAUAUCGCUUUGUCAUCAACAUUGCCGGAGAGCAUUAGUCAAAUUAAUCUCCCUCUCUCUCCUUGUGUUUGGAAACAUAGAUUUUCAACCUUAUAUUUGGAUUUAGGUGGUGGAUUUGAAUAAAUUUUAAUCUAAUUUUAUGUUAAAUUGUAUCCAAAUUCAAUACAAUUUUAAAUUGGUUGCC